AAUUCUAAGUUCAAAAGACCAAGGUGAAGGCGCCCUUAUCGGCCACAACACAAGGAUGCAGGCCGACAAUGACACUGGUUCAAACACUUGGGAAAUCUCCCAGAGCAUUUGUAAAGAAUGAUAAAUCCAAGGCCAGGACGAUGAGAACGCUCAGCCAUUUGAAGUUAGACACUUAGAAAAAUUCUAACAAAAAAGAAGAAAUCCAACGCCAGGACGGAGCGGACACCACGGUCAAGGCCGAAGGGAAAGCACCUAAAUGAAUCCAACACACUUGGGAAAUUUUUGAAUAAAUCCUAAGUGUUAUGACACUACAUCAACACCGAACAGGCUGACAAAGCCACCAGGCCGGAAACAAGGCACUUAAGUGGAUCCAAAACACUUAGGAAAUUUUUGAAAAUAUCCUAAGUGUUAUGAUAGUAGAGAAACGACGGCCAGGCCGAUCAAGCCACCAGGCCGGAAAGACAGCAACUACGUGGAUCCAAAACACUUAGGAAAUUUUCGAAAAUAUCCUAAAUGUUAUGAUAGCAGAGAAACGGCGGCCAGGCCGAUCAAGCCACCAGGCCGGAAAGACAGCAACUACGUGGACCCAAAACACUUAGGAAAUUUUUGAAAAAAUUCCUAAGUGUUCUGAUAGUAAAGCAAAGAUGAAUAGGCCGACCAGGCCACCGGACAGGGAGGCCGACCUCACGGACGUAGCGGACACUCGCGGGUGACCCAAGUUAUGACCUUGACACUUAGACAAAUUUUAGAAUUGAAAUGACAAAUGGCAAACAAGCAUACAAGGAAUUCAAAGCCGAGCAGGACGGCAAAAACUUUUUCAUUCAUAGUGAGUUCAUUACAAUUGGGGGCGCUUCGGCCAUUACAUCAGUUUGGCAAAAAAUAAUUACAAAGGAAGGAGCAGUCGAUCAAGCCUCUUGGGCACCUCCAUCCGCGGCUGGCUCUUCGGCCUCGUCGGCUGCCUCAUCGGCCUCAGUCUCCUGGCCGGCAGCGGCUGCAGCACUGGUGGCAUCGUCCAGGAAAUCGAACUCGGUGUAAUCCGGCUCGCCAAGGCCGGAGCUUUCAAUAGGGGACUCCCGCUCCGACAAAGGAAGCUUGGCCUGCUCCUCUGGAUCCUUCAUCAGCUUUGGCAGCUUCAGGUUCCGUCUGGCCCACCCGGACGUGUAGUUCAUGGCCUUCAGAGCACGAGACAGCCGCCGACACAGGAGCCUCUUCAUCCGCUCCUGGCCCAUGUUAUAAUAGACGGCCAUCUCCCUACUGAAAUACUCCUGGCCGGCGGGGGAGUUCAUCCCCCAACUCUCAAGCCUGGCGGCCACCACCUCAUAGCACCAGGGAAGCCUCUCAUCGGCCUUCCACCCCUCGGCCAGGAACUUCUCAACGGCCUCAUCAGCAGCCCUCACAGCGGCGGCCUCAGCCUCAACUUUCGCCUUCACGGCUUCUUCAUUCUUGCGCCGCUCGGCCUCAAGCUCCCUUUUGCUCUCCUCGAGCUUGGCCAGGGCAUCGUCCCUGGCUGCAGCGGCUUCAUCGGCCCUUUGCUGCAAAGCCUUGGCAUCCUCCCGGAGCCGAUCCAGGCAAGCUACCGCCUCGUCGGCCGAGGCAGCCUUCUGCUCCAGCUCCUUCAAACGAGCUAUCUCCCGGUACUGCCUUUUAUGGCUCUCCAUGAGCAUAAAGGCACUCUGCAGAGAAACGGAAAACAAAACUCAGGCAAACGACUCUACAUGGACGACGAGAAAAAACGACACAUACGAAGGAAAGUAACUUACUUGGACGAGGAGGUCCAUACCACCCUCGUAAAUCUUCACGUCCCCGAGCUUCUUCAGGUAAGCCCAAUCUUUGGCCGGCAUGGCCUGGGCCAGCACGUCGUGGCCAAGGACGACAUCAUCAAAUACACCCCCGCCGACGGGAUAUUCUACCAUCUUCUGGUAGGUGGCACCGGCAAUCUCCUUGCCGGCCCUCUUCGUCCGUGGCUCCUGGACGAGAGGGAGCGAUUGGGCAGCAUCGCCAGCAGCAGUGAGGUCCACAACAGGACCGAUAUCAACCACACUGGGAACGGCAAGGGUGCCGGCCUCAGUAGCCUGGGAAGGAGACGGCGCCCUCUUCGUCUUCUUGGAGACGUUUAGGCCGGCUCCAGUUAAUUUUUUCUGGCCGUCAGUGGUCGGCCUCUUCUUCUUCGAUUGGGCAGGCUUUGGAGCCGCACCAGCAGUAGCCCCCGCUCCCCUCGGCCGCGGCACGUCUGGCCGCCUCGGCCGCCUUAGCAGCCAACUCCUCGGCCGCCUUGGCCUUUGCUAUAGCCAUGAUAGAGCGACGGUCCAUGACAAAAUCUACAAAGGAAAGACACAAAAGAUUAGCAAGGCAAAAGAACAAAGCACAAAGACAGAAAGCCGAAAAAAUAGUUACCAUCGGCCUCAGCAGGAAUGCCCAAGUCCGGGCCGUCGGCCUCUUCAAAGGUGGUGGUCAUCCUCGGCCAGAGUUGGAUGUCAUCCUCCUUAUCGCCAUACACAUGGUAUCUAAAGAAGCCGAGGGCGGUCAUCUUGUAUUCAGUAAUGUAGUCCUUCACACUCCUCGGCCCCCCUUCCAGGAAAGCCUCCACCUGAGCGUCCAAGAUAGAGCUCUUCGGCGGGUCAUGGAGAUUGAACCUCUCGGUAUGGCCGAGGGAGGGAAACUCGGUGCCACUCUCACCCAGGGAUACAAAAACGAACUUGCUCUUCCACCCAUGAAUGGACGAAGGCAAGUCCGUGAAGCUCCUCUUCUUCGGCAGCUGUUGAAGAGUAGCAUAGGCCGCACAGUUCUUGUGGCUUCCUCGGCCGAUCUGGUACAGAUUCAUGAAUAGGGCCGUUGUCGGCCUGUAGCCCAGCUCCUCACACCGGAGCAGAAACCCCACCAUCAAGGAAUAGCUGUUCGGCGUCAGCAAGGCCGGAGGAAGCCCUACCAUGUCCAGGUACUCAGUGAUGAAAGGGUGAAGGGGGAACCUCAACCCCUUAGCGAAACUCAUCGGGUAUACUCCAAAGUAUCCCGGUGGCGGAAGAAGAACAUGGUCCGUCGGCCUGGAUGCCCUAACCCGCCCAAACGGCCCCACAUACAUCUGGGCAACAAGAUAGUCAGCCGCGCUGCUCUCCGGCUUAAUAAAAAAGAUGUUGGUAAGAUCCAGGUAGGAGAGGCCCGACCCACUCUUCGGCCUCCUCACCCUCUUCGGCCUCCUCACCCUCUUCGGCUUAUCUGCUCCCUUCACGGCAGACACCGGCCUCAGGCAGGGAAUGACAGCAAAAGUGGACGCCCCGUCCACCACUCGGGAUGCACCUGCGUCCUCACCCUUUGAAGAAGAGGCGGACUCCUCGUCCUCGACCUCAUCGUCCACCGGUUCCUCGGACUUGUAAGGACUCAAGUGUUGUAUCUCCUCCUCGAACUCCUCGAGCACCUCAUAGUCAAGUGACCUCGUGGAGGGCUGGUCGUCGUAGGGAUAGUAGUCUUCGUUCAAACUCUUCAUCAUAACUACUACUACGAGCCUAAGGAGAUUAACCUAGGAUCUAAGGGUGUUCAAACGCCUAACACUAGAUCACUAGCCUAGGAAGCAAAGUAUGAAAAGUGAGGAAGAUUGCGAUGAACACUAACCUUGAACACGAAGAACACGAAGAACAAGCUUUGGAGUUUAUCUCUCUAGAAAAUUGGCCAGCACUUCGACAAAUUCAGAAUGCAAAUACGUCUCUCGUCGGAGGGGGAGGGGUAUUUAUAGAACCCCCCACCCAACGGUCACUACACGUGGCACCCUCCCAAUGGCCACAUCAGCGGUCACCAAUGGGAGGCCACCACGUCACCAACGGGCCAAACCCAAUGUCAACAGCCCACUGGCAAAAACGGACUCUACGGCCUAUACACGUGCCGGCUUCACGAGUGCCAGCAAACGCCCAUAUCGUCGUACUUGCUCGCCAGUGCCCACAACGUCCUACUUGCUGGCCAAGAUCACAAAUACCAAACAAUAAGGGGAUGUCAACGGCUAGGAACGUAAUGCACGCCCGUAACGGCCACAGAACCAAAAGGAACAAAGAGCCCACAGCCAUCGGCUCCUCGUAAUGACCCUUGAUGAUAACUCUCUACAAGCGAUCUGCGCACAAGGGUUCUCCCACAGGGUUACCUUGGCCAGAAAAUCGCCAUGAGGGUUGGAUUCAGGGGGACUACGGAGAGGCCGCUUCGGCCAGGGACUCAAGCAACUCCUUCACCCCUCACAUCCUUCGGCCUGAAGCAGUGGGGGACUGGGGGACUACAUCGGCCUCAACAAAACAAAAAGCAACAAUACAAAGAACAUGAAUGUAACCACAAAGCAUGGCCACAUCGUCCACGCAUCACAAUGGCGCCUCGUCGGCCAGAGGCACAUAACAUCAUCAACAACGGCCAAAAGGAGUGCGCGAGCACCCUCAUCGGCCACCCAAAGGAAAGGACGCCAUCGUCCUCAAACCAAGGAACAACCUCAACGGCCUCAUCGGUCCAAACAUAAACUUCAGCCAUCAACGUCCAGGAAAGGGAAAGCGUGCCUUCAACGGCCGACAUUGAAACAAGACACUCAUCAUCCUCAAAUGAACACAUUAAGGAAACAACGGCCUCCCCGCCCACAGCGAGGAACAGGUAACGGCCAAAUUAAGAACAGGAUCACCAAAGAGGAAACAACGCCAAAGAGGAAACAACACCAACGCCGCAACGGCUAACGGCCCGGGGAUGCCCGCAUCGGCCAAAAGCACUAAACACGGGAAUCUACUCUCCUUCACUUCGUCUACGUCUCAGCUUAGAGAGUGGGGGACUCCUGAUGGAGUAUAUGGGUUUGAGCCCCCGGACCCACAUACUCGGAAGAACAGAAAGCUCAAGACACAGAGUGGCGCCCUCGUCGGUCAAGACGCCCCCGUCGGCCGAAAAGGGGCCAACUCAGAUUAUGGUCCUGAGCCCAAGGAACCCGGGUGCCCUCGUCGGCCGUGCCCUCGUCGACCACGCCCUCGUCGGCCCCGAAGACCUCACAGAACCGGAUUUUAUACUUAUUCAUUUGUACAGCCCAUUAGUGGCUUUGUAUUCGGCCCAAUAGCGGUCCAGUUGUAAGUGGGCCUCCCAAGCCCAAGGCUUGGGAGCCCAGCCCGUAUUUUCUCUAUAAAUACUUCCCUUGGGAGUAGUUAUAGGGGUUACAAAUUCAUUCUAUUGAAGCAUAUUAUUGGACUUCUCUCUCUAGCUCUCACUUCUCUCUAGAGAUAUACUCUAUCAAUGGGCAGUGGACUCAGCAGUUGGGUAGUCACCAGGGGACUGCUGAGGCAACUGCUGUGCUUUAAGAUGAUUUCUUGAGAUCUGAUAGAACAAACCUUUUAGUGGUGAUAUUGCAAGGCUCUUGUGGAAAGAUUGUCUCAAAGAAAGUGAGUUAUUAAGCAGUAGGAUAAGCAGUAGGGUCAAUUAAGACUUACUGCUUAGGAUGCUGUUGGCAAACAACAAUCUUUUUGUGAGAGGUGUUGGGUGUGUGCUUUGUUGACUGAAAGUAAAUCAACACAUGGUAUUUACUGGUUAAGAGGUGGUGUAAUCCUCCUAUGUCCAGUCCCACCCUCUUUCAGAUGGAUUUCCACUAAAGUAUUAAGCCCAAUACACUUAGUGCCAAUCUAGCCUUUACAACACUUAGGCCUAGAUUGAAGGUGUUUCACAAUGAGUAUAACACCACUCAAAGUUACUCAAUCCUUUAGAUUUUUCUCAAUUGAUCCAGUGGGGAUCAAAGGGUACUCUAUCUAUCCAACCACACUUUAGGAUCCGAACAACUGUUCUCCCAAGUGUUUACAACAAUUUGUGAUUUUUUACACGAAAGUUCUAACCUCCAACUAGGAAAUAAACUUCUUGGAUUUAUCAAUGUAUACUUGUAACUUCGAAGUUUAGCGAAGCAUGAGUCCAAGCAGAGAGUAAAGUAUAGUUUCACACUUUCUCUUUUGCUAGAUAGCUCGUGAAUGCUCAAUGUAUUUCUCUACUUUUUGGAUGCUCAAAGCUUGGUUAGAAACUUUCGUUUCAGUCUAUAUUUUUAGGCGUCUCCGAUUGAUUAAUCUCAUCCGUUGGUUAGGAUGAAUUUAAUCUUGUUCGUUGAUUCCAUGUUUCGCAGAAGAUAACAUGUUGUUGUUUGUCUUCUUUUGCUGGAGCCGAUAUCUCUUUUGUUUUUGCUAGCCGCUGCAGACCUAGGCUGUAUCCCAUACUUUGGGUCCCUGUACGUUUAUCGAGCAUUUAAUUGCUCAUCACUUCUUGUCUUCAUCUAUACACGUAGAGUAUGUAUUUUACCUACAUGUGUGACUUUUACUUGUGACAGUUAAACUUUUGAGACUUAAUGAAAUACAUGUCGGUAGGAUCUAAAUAUCCUAUUAAGGUAAAAAAAAAAUUACCUUAUUGCAUUUUGAGUUUUCCGAUAGUGUGUUAUUAGUCUCAAAAAUUGUACAUUUAUUUUGUCACUUUUUAACAUUAAUACGCAAAUAAAUAAGACACGGUGUACUAGUGCAAUGCAUAGUGGCAUCAUCAAAAUCUAUCAAAAUUGGGUACUAACACAUAUGUCGAGUUGAUAGGUGUGUUUCAGGAUGACAGAUUGAAAGGUAUCUUAGGUGUUGUUUAAGGAUGACAGAUUGAAAGGUAUCUUGUCGGAUGGACGAGAGACCGACAAACACAAUAAUCAAGGAUAUGAAAUACAAGUCAUUUCCAAAAUUUCGAGAAGUUGGUGCUCAACGGCUCAACAUGUGCACCCGUACGCCUCAACUUCUCGAAAGGGGACAAUUGUUGGACCACAUAUAUGACAGGUUGACUCUACAUACAUGGGAAUUGUUAAUGGAAGUUAAUAAACAUAAUGUUGGAUGUUGGGAACUUUUUAUGCAUUACUAUGGUCAUUAAUAUAAUUAAAGAGGGAGUUAAUUAAGAGUUGACCAAUCUUUAUAACAAGGUCCUCAAAUCGUCAGACAAUGAUGGAACGAUCGAGACAUCACAUUUAUGAUCAUUAAUUGGUAACAUCAAUGAAGAUAGGAGCUGACAAUUGGAAUAAAUAUUGUACAUAUUGCAUAGAGCAGUUGGUAUAGAAUUAGACAUUAAUACAGGUCGACAAAACGGACUGCCAAAUCAGAAGGAGUAAUAACGCAAGCUAUAACGGCCCUGAUUUCAUGCCUGACGGAUCAGACUUGACGAAAUGGUCUGAUAACCCGUCCUAUUCUAUCUACUUUAAAUACUACAAAUCACUGAUAUAAAAAGGCAACAACCAUUGAACACUACUACGAAAUUUUGAAGGAUUCAAUAUUCACUCAUCUUUUAUUUGAUUCUUCAUUUUUUCUUUGAUCAUUCCACGUUGACCAACUGAUUUUUCGUUCCCGAACGUUCAAAUCAUAUUUACGUUGUUUAACCAAAAAAUAACUUAAACAUGCACUUUAGUUAUCACAACAUUCAUUCUAUUUUCUUGUUCUUCAGCUAUUGCACUGUUUCUUCCAAGAUCUUCUCUUCUCUGCCGACAACCUCUCAAUGGCGAUGUCUUUGUCCAUUAGUUUGUAUUCGAUCACCAUACUCCAACUCAUUGUCAUUGUACCAUUCAAAGUACCUACAAUCUUCAUUCUAAAGUCACAACACCACAAAUAGUAUUAGUUUCACAAUUACAUGUCAAUUGUGUAUUCUACGAUCUCCAGUCAAUAACCAUUAAUUCUAACAAACCCUAAAUUAUACCAAACCAGAUUACAAGGCAAAGUACCUGCAAUAAAACCCUAAAUUCAACCAAAAUUAUUGUGAGUGACCUAAAUUCAACAUAAAUUAUUCUUGGUUAAACUUAAAAUUCAUAUCAAUACAAUCCAAAUCCUUUAGUACGAGAUACUUACAGGUCAAAGUGAACAUCCAAAAAAAAUCUCCCCCUAGAUUUCUCCCAUUCUUCGCCGUUCUUAAUUUGGUCUGUAUGUUGUGAUGGCAAUUACGCGUACUUGAGUUACGUGUCCAAGAAGAUGACCCACUAACGGACUUCAUGAGUAUUGUUUUCGUUUGUGUUCUUCGCCCGUUACUUAGUUUCUUCCAUGCAAGGCCUGCUACUUUGGUUGUUCUCCUUCGUCCUUGUUCUCCAUCGUCCUUGUUAUGACCUUCGCUCAAGGACGGAGGUAGCCUUUGAGGGAGGGGUGCCAUGACCCCUCCCAACAUUUCAAUUUUUUUAGUACUAAAUAAUUAAUGUUCAAUGUAUUUAUUAGUAUUUUUUGUAGGAGUAGUUAAUUGUUAGUUUAUUGAUUAUAAUAUUCUCUUUUAAAGUGAAACAUACUAGUUAUGGUUGAUAGAUAUAUAAUCUUAAAUUAAUCAUUUUAUGAAUUUUUAAUUAGAUUAAAACUAUUCAAUUAAGCUUUAAAAGUAUUCAAAAAUUAUAAAUAUAUGGGAGAAAUAAAUGUGAUCAAUUCCAAUUAAUAAACUUUGAUGUGAAAUGAAUUAUAUUUAUGUCUAUUUGUAUAGUUAAAGAAUAAUAUAAUUAUGCAUGUAAACAAAUUUAAUAAUAUUAAUCAUAUUUAAUCAAUUUGAAAUUUGUGAUGCAAAACAAAAAAAAACAUGUCCUAAUAUUUAUUUUCUUUCCUAAGCAUUAUCCACACACGUAGUAAAUGAAUGAUUUUCGAAAAUUAAACAUCCCACUAAAGUAUAUCGCAAGAUAUUGAUACAUUGUUUUAUUUUCGUUGUCAUACAAAGUCUCAGGUAUUUCAAAUUAACCACCAAUACCAAUUGUAAUUAAAUAUGUUGACGAAUUUAUACGUUUUUGUUCUGGCCUGACCCCCCCUCCCCCCCUCUAGUGAUAUCUUGGUUCCAUCCAUGCCUUCACUUACAUAAAAGAUUGGGAAAACUAUCAAAUAAGUCCUCGUAUUUUAUCAAAAACGUCAAUUAGAUUCUUAUACUUUAAAAUCAAUUGAGUCCUCAAACUUUGAAAAAGAACUCAAAUUAGCAACUUAUUAGUAGGUCACUACUAGGGUUUAUCAAAAACUAGAUCCUUAUACUUUCAAAGGUUAUCCGGUAAAAUGCAUACUGUUGGCGUAUCUUUUGUUUUUAAAGAUUUCUAUUUUAAAAAAAUUCCAAACUGAAACUGUCCUGUGAACAACCUAAAAUUAAAAUAUGGGUCUGUGUGUUUUGCUACUCUUCUUCUUCUUCUUCCUUCAAUUCAUUCUUCACUCGUGGAUUAGUGCGUUGAGGCAGCUGGCUGGAGUGCAAUAGGGUUUCUUAUCCAUGCCCCCUUGCGAUGAUAAGCUUUGUUUUUAAGGAUGAGCUGGUGUAUUCUUCGCUCAUCCAAGAAGAACAACAAUUUGGGUGAGUUCUCUUUCGAUCGCUUGGGUCUGACCUUGCUGAUUUCUUCUAAUUUAGUCUCUACCAUCAUCGUGUCGUCUUCUGGUUCCGUGUCCAUGGCCGCCGUCAACUAUGUCAUCUUCUCGAGUCUUCACCGCCGACGUCCUCCUCUGAUUUGCUACGAGAGAGGAAGAAAGCCCUCUCCAUCGCCAGUGAAACCUCCACUCCCGGCUUGGCGUCCUCAAAUUGAUACGAAAACGAAUCCACGGAAGAAGAAGAAGAUGCCACCGUACUGGGAAGCAACAAUAUUUGAGAGGGAAAAAAUAGUGAACGGACCAUCCGAUUUUGUGGCUUUGGUUUCACGUAAAUACCAUUUUCCUUUUAAAGUUGAGUCUAAUCUAAUUAUACAUAUGGAUCACCACAUGGCAGCACCGAAUGCAAUUUACCCGUUAACCUCAUGGUUACCUUCAAUAUUGCUCAUUUGAAAGUUUGAGGAUUCCAUAAAUGAUUUUAAAGGACGAAAGGGUCAGUUCAGUACAUGAAGUUGGACCCGGGGAGUAAAGAGUACCUCAAAAUGUAAACGUGAUUCAAAGGUACACGGUGGAUUCCAAAUCAUCUUCCUCCUUAAGCCUUUAAAACCGACCCUAGUUUAGCAGAUGAGCGACAUUUUAUCAGUAAAAGCUCCGAUUCCUUCUCUUCUCUUCGUUCGCAUUCUUCUCCUCAAGCGGCUUGUGGUGCGGUUUGGGAACAACACACAUGGCUUAUUCAAAUUGCGGUUGUGGAAAUCCUUUAAAGAUGAUGACUUCAUGGACAGAUGACAAUCCAGGGAGACGUUUCAUUGCUUGCUCACGAUCAAGGGUUUUAGGUGGCUGCAACAUGUUUCAGUGGAUUGAUCCUGAAAUGUGUUUAAGGUCCAAGAGUAUUAUUCCAGGUUUGUUGAGGAAAAUUAACAUACUGGAACUGCAGCUGGCUGAGGAGAAAGCUCACCCAAAGGGAGAGGAAAAAGGCUUGUCCAAAAAACAGAGUAAAUGGAGUGUGAUGUGGUACAUUGUAGCUGGAAUUGUGGUGGUAUUGAUAUGGAUUAUUUCUUAUGAUACUGCAAGCAAGAAGAAUGUGGAUUCAAACAUGUGUGAGGCUGGCAAAUAGUUUUGUGUUGUAGGAAGCAGAGUAUGUUUUAGAUUGAUGUUUAAGUUAGGUUGCUGGAAGCUUUGUCCUGUGGGAGCUAAUGUUGUUGUUAAUGUAAUGUAAUUUAGGUAGGUAUUGUAAGAACCAAGUCUGUUUACUAUAAUGUUUGUGUAUGACAGUGUUUAGUGUGAUGAAUCAGGUCAAAUUUUAUCAAUGAAAUAUGUUUGUUUCUUUUGGUGUA